AGAAUUCAGAAACCAGUUUGAUUCCCUUCGUUCAUUUUCCUUAUUCUGCAGUUAUGCAGUGUAAACAGUCAACCCCUUCUCCUCCUAAUUCACCACUUCACUCACAGUAGCUGAAGAGAAAGAUGUCACUCUGUUUCUCCAGCAAUGGCUUCACACUUCGUUCAGCACAACUGCGAUGCUUCCAAAAAUGCUAUCCUUCUCAACAACUGCCCAUCAGCCAAAUUCACUUCAAUCUCAACCUUUUCAAUUCCUCAUCAGCUUUUCUGCUAAAAUUCUCUGAACCUGCUAAGCUUAACACUAGCAGACAGAGGUUCUGCUCUAUAACGGCUUCGAAUGCCCCAACCGUCGAAGCUGAAACCGUUCCGUCAACAUUCCGGGAGAAAAAUCCGAGAGACGUGAAUGUUCUGGUAGUGGGUUCAACUGGUUACAUAGGGAAAUUCGUGGUUAAGGAAUUGGUGAACAGAGGUUUUAACGCCAUCGCCAUUGCCAGAGAGAGAAGCGGAAUUAGAGGGCGAAACAGCAAGGAAGAGACCUUAGAACAGUUGAAUGGGGCCAAUGUAUGCUUCUCAGACGUUACCCACCUGGGCUCUCUGGAAAACUGUCUGGAAAGCUUCGGAUCUUCAAUCGACGUUGUUGUUUCCUGCCUUGCUAGCCGUACCGGUGGCGUCAAGGACUCGUGGAAGAUUGAUUAUGAGGCCACAAAGAAUAGUCUUGUGGUUGGUAGGAGACAAGGUGCUUCGCAUUUCGUUCUGCUCUCAGCAAUUUGCGUGCAGAAGCCGCUUCUUGAAUUCCAGCGUGCUAAGUUGAAAUUUGAGGCUGAAUUGAUGAGAGAAGCCGAGGAAGAUGAGAAUUUCACUUACAGCAUCGUAAGGCCGACCGCAUUCUUCAAGAGUUUGGGUGGGCAGGUCGAAACGGUCAAAGAAGGGAAGCCUUACGUGAUGUUUGGAGAUGGGAAACUCUGUGCGUGUAAGCCCAUCAGUGAGCAGGAUUUGGCUUCAUUUAUGGCUGACUGCGUGUUGAGCAAAGAUAAGAUUAACCAGGUUCUCCCAAUUGGCGGUCACGGGAAGGCAUUGACACCAUUGGAGCAGGGGGAGAUUCUGUUUAGGCUUCUGGGGAAAGAACCCAAGUUCUUGAAAGUUCCGAUUGGGAUAAUGGAUUUUGCAAUUGGGGUUCUUGAUGUUCUUGUGAAGAUCUUCCCUUCAAUGGAAGAUGCUGCUGAGUUUGGGAAAAUUGGGAGGUACUAUGCUGCUGAGAGUAUGUUGGUUUUGGAUCCAGAGACUGGGGAGUACAGUGCAGAGAAAACUCCGAGCUAUGGGAAAGACACCUUGGAAGAUUUCUUUGAGAAGGUUAUCAGGGAAGGGAUGGCUGGCCAAGAACUGGGGGAGCAAACAAUUUUCUGAUUGUUCCCCAUGUUUUUUAGAGUUUGAAACUUUUGGGGUCAUGGGUGCCACUGAUAGAUAUGUCUUUUUGGUGAAGGCACAGAAACAGGUCCCUGGGCUUGAUAGAGCUGUCCGGAUCAAACAGUUUUGUAACAUUGAUUGCAUUGAGGUAUUUGGUUCUCUGUCAAACCUUAUGUUGUAUGAGUUCCUGUGCAGCUUCUGUUUUCUGUUAAAGUGUUCAUAUUAUGUUAAAGUAUCAAUUAAUGUUAUGAAGUUGCACACAAGUUUUUGGAUAAGCUUUUCCAUUGUUAUUUGUCCUUACUGAAUGCAUUACUUGUGUCAAUGUUUAAAUGUGUGAUUUUUCAAAACUUGGUAAAGCAUUUUGGUCUUUUAUAAGAAACCAAGCCCUUCUGCAUG